CACAAAAAUAAUUAUUUAAAUGUAAAUAACAGUUUGAGGAGGAAAAAUCUUGUUGAUAAUUUCUAUAGUGGUUUUAUAAAUAAAGUAUACUGUAUAUAGGUUCAGUUAGAAUUUAUUCCUUGUCUAGGUAUCCGAUUUCUCGAUCAUUGACCGUUUGAAGUUUUCAUGGUUGUUAUAAGUUGAAUAUGUUAAUUGUCAUCUGUCAAUAAUAUUUUGUAUUGGUUGCAUUUUGCAUAUCAACUUUCAAGCACACUCCCUUAUUUUAUUCUAAUAUUCUUAUUUAAUUCGGUUAGAAAUUAUGAACGGGAAUUGGGAGGGGAUUGUCCAAAAAACAUUAUAGGUUUCUUAUUUAUUUAAUUCAUAAUCGAUUUUAUGUGUUAUUAACAUUGUUAGGUAACUGUAACGAAGCGUUAAACAAGUUUUAUGUAGGCGGUGUUGAUGUGUCCAAACAGUGGAAUGUUGUGGAUUGUAUGCAUUAGAUGAUACUUUUAGUUGUUGAUCCAGCAAUAUGCACGAAUUGCUGAAGCACGUGCUUACUGAGCGCGACCUCACUCGUGCAGGGGACAUAUUCGCAAUUCCCGAUUCUGACAUCGUCAACGAUAUCAACGAAGUCUUAAAACAAAUUACAGAAAUUUCCUCCAGACCUGAUUACAUUCGUAAUGAUAGAGACCAGGCUUUAAUUGAAAUAUGUGUCACAAGAGUAACAUCCUGCAUUAAAGAGACUGGAACUUUGGCCAAGUACUGUAGUGCUCUAGUUGCUUUGCUAGAGUCCUGUCUUCAUCACAAUCUUAUGCCAGUUGGACAUCUAAGAGAUGAUGAUCCACCACAUGCCAAAAUUGCCUCCGAUGUAAUUUCUUGUAUUGUGCUUGUAUCAUUCCCUUUACAAUCUGAAAAGGAUACAAGCAGUACUGCAGAAGUUAUGGAGUUAUUUCUUCCUGUAGCUGUGCAAUUCUUGCAUAAGGGAAACCGUGAGAUAUCCAGACAUAUGGCUAGAUAUUUGUCAUUAGCGGCUGUCCAUCAUGCAGGACUUUUGAAACCACAUGUACAAACAAUUAUGGACUCUAUUAUGUCAGGCAACUACCCUUUAUGUCGCAUCCUAACCAAUUUAUAUGAAGUGUGUCCUGAGCCGCUUGAGGGGCAUGUUACUGCUUUAGUAGCGUUGCUUCCUCAUGCGGAACCAGUGGAGAAAAGUUCGCUUUUUGGUCUAUUUGAGCAAAUUGCAUCAAGAAGGCCAGAAGCUUUAAAGACUGCAGUACCGCAAUUGUUGUCAUAUUUAUGCCUGAACACUGCACCUCAAAAUGACCCAGGUUGCAUGUGCAUUGAUCUUCUUCAGGUGAUUGCCAGCGUAAGCGCCAGCCGCCCUUCCCUAGUGGUGGAGCAGACGGGAGUGAUAAAGCGCGCCGCCCGCCCGCCGCACUCCAGCCCUCAAAGCGCUGCCCUUAUCGCCACUAUACUGGCUCGUCUUGGAACCACUAGUCGGGAGCGAGCCCAAGAAGCCUUAAACUUUGUAGUUGAACGGCUACACGGAGCGGAAUGGUCGGAGCAAGCAGGCCUAAUCCGAGAAGCGACCGCGCUUUGUAGCGCUUACCCUGCCUUAUUUACUGAUCGACUUCUUGCCGCGUUACGAGCUAACCAUGGUAAUCGGCCAAAAUCAACACAUGGCGAAAUAAACCGAACCUCGGGUGGUGUAACGAUCGUUAAACUUAACCAGAAUUCCAACGACAUAAUAACAAGGCCAAUAACCGGGCCCCCAGCUCCCGUUGCCCUGGGACCCUCGGGUAAUACCGGGACUCCGGCGGUAAAUACUGGGGCCCCAGUGGGAUACACGAGAAGGGCUAAGUUGGGCGAUUCCCGCAGUACGGGUAGAUUACACCCGGGACCUAAUUCUCAUAGGAGCAUGACAAGAUUGAAUGUUGCUGGUGGUUCAGUGGGCGGGCUACACAAGAGCAUGACGCGACUUUCCUCCUCACAACAGAUUAAUGCACAAAACGCCAAUCUUCCAGCACCAGUUCCAAACAAAAACAUCGUGAGCAAAGCUGUAAGUGGUGCAACUCAGGGAUCGACAUCAACAACUUCGCCCCCCUUUUCGUCCCAAUCAAUAUCCGUUAACCCUCUUAUUGGAAAAUCAUCAGACAUCACUCCAAUAACUUCCUCGGUCUCCAUCCAACAUUCCAAUACAGCUCUCGGCCAAGUAUCAGUCAUCAGCUCACACACGGGACCAAUUUUGACCCAAACGGGACCGAUCUUGACCCAAAUAGGAUCAAACCCGGUCUCCAUAUCCGGCCCGGUGACAGUGACGUCCCGUCGAGCGAAUAAUACGAGUGUGACGAUGAUAAAUACGAAUAAUAGUGAUGGGAAUCAUCGAAUAUCGGUUUUUGAGCCUUACCCGAUGCGGGAUACGGUACAACACUUCUGCGAGAAACAUUUGGAUAAGAUAAAGGCUUAUAUGGAUAAUGUGUCCAUGAGGAUACCUCCACCUGCUAAGUGUACAAUUGAAGAGCGUCGUUCCAAAAAGCAAGCUCGCCUACAAUUCGCUUGCGGGCGUCGCGGCCCUCAUUGCUUGUACGCACGCGGUGCGUUCUCGUUGCGUACGCGCGCGCCCCGCGUCUGGAUACAUCUCAUGUUCCUAGCAUUACAGGCAAGGCACACGGCUGCCUUGUCCUCGAGAGACCCCACGGUGGCCAGUCUCAAACACUGCUGGGAUAUACUCAAGUGCGAGAACAAGACUUUUCUCACACUCGUUACGAGCGCUUUUCCGGGGUUAAAGGAACAAGAGAUGCUGGUGAACGAGUUACGCGCGGCGGGUUUCUUCGACGUAUUCGAAGUGAGUGCUGGUGGGGCAUGGGGCUGUUUCCUUUGUACGCACCCGGACAGGGCUGUGGGUUUUCUGGCAGCAGAUGGCCAACCAGUUAUAGAGGGACAGUUGAAGGAGAAAAAGGGGAGAUGGAGGCUGUUCAGACGAUGGAGAACACGGUACUUCACAUUGUCGGGCGCGCAUCUCUCUUGUAAAGGAUCGAGCGGGGGAGAAAGCAUAGACAUCAACCAGAUCCGGUCAGUAAAAGUGUCCCGCGGGGCCAGAAAUAUCCCGAAAGCGUUUGAGAUUUUUACCGGAGAUCAAACCCUGAUCCUCAAGCCCAAAGAUGGUAAGAAUGCCGAGGAAUGGGUGCAGUGCCUCAGUAUAGCUGUCGCUCACUCGCAAGCGAGAGAUGCUCCUGCUAAAGCCAACAGCUUGCCAGCAAGAGGACUCACUCUCAAGAGCUUUUAAUUCAAGCCUGAAUCAACACUGAUUAAUUUAUGUAAUUUAUAGCGAGUCAGCAGGCCUACUCUAUAUUAUGAUAAACAUAGAAAUUUCGAUGUAGUACUACAUAUUAUAUUCGUAGCGCGGAUUUAACUUUGAAUUGCUGAGUUUAGUAAUGGAAUUGAAAUCGCUAUUAUUACGGGGUAAGCCUGCUGGACUCGAAAUUUUGGUUAAUUGUGAAGUGGAGAAAAUUAUAUUUCUUUAUAACCAGGUUGAUGGUGCUAAUUCUGGUGAAAUAUUUUUCCAUAUUAAUUGGUAGUUAUUUGAUGUUGUCUACACGUAUUUGUAGUUGAAAUUUGGAAAUAAUUUAGAUGAAAUAUUAUGGUUAAAUUUAAUGCAACAAUUGCAUUUUUUGUUGCAACAAGCAACAAGUCAAUACCAUACCACUCCAGGAAUUAUUAAAUUAUUGAAGAACCAACAAAAAUACUUUCUUUUAGUUUUAAUUGAAGACGGGUUUUAUUGUUGUCCGUUGUCAUCAAAAUUAACACAGUCGCGAUUCUCGAACGCCAAUCGAAUUUGUGUAGCAUUUCCACAUAUCCAAGCAUCAACUUUGUCUUUUCAAAUGUUAAAUAUAUUUAUUUAUAGUCCCAGACUUUAAUAGGUUUAUUAGACUUUAAAAAUUGAGAUGAGUGUGUUAAAAGAGAACCAGCCUGACGGUUAUGCGAAAAAAUGUACCUAAUUCUUAUUUGCUAUGUAUUAUUACAUCUAUUAAUAAAAAUACAAUAUAUUAAUUAUUACGACUACAAUGACGUAAUCGUCUAUAUAUCGGAUAGACUCUAUAAUAAUUCGCAUGUUUGGUGUAAUAAAAAGAAUAUUUAUUCAACUCGAAGUCGGUCUAGUUUUAAAAAUAUUAGUGACACGUCCAUAAGCCACAAUAUUUAACGCCGUUGUAUCGGAAUGAAUUUUGGCUCUAGAAUUGUUUAUAGUCUUUUAAAAGACAUUUUUAAAUUAGGAAUGUUCAAAAUAAUAUUGUCUUUGGUUUACGCUAGUUCAUUUGAAAACUUUAACUGUCAACUUGAUAUGACAGUCUCCCGUUAACUAGGAUUGCUGAAAAGCA